AUGAUGCUGUCUUUUAUUACACCAGAAAUGUUUUCCUCCAACCUAAGAGACACAGACGGCAUAUCAUCACCAAGCAUAUGGGACAGCAUGAGUGUGCGGCAUGCGUUCAUCAGAAAGGUUUACCUUAUUUUAGCUGCCCAGCUCUUUGUCACAGCUUCAGUCAUCUCAGUGUUUGCAUUUGUUGAGCCUGUGCAUUUAUUUGUGAUCCAGAAUCCUGCCAUUUAUUGGGCAUCAUUUCCGAUGUAUCUUGUUACUUACCUUGUGUUGGUUUGCUGUGAGGGACCAAGGAAACAUCACUCAUGGAAUUUAGCACUCCUCCUCAUUUUUACUCUUGCUUUGUCUUUCAUGACAGGAACAAUAUCAAGUUAUUUUGACAUCAAAGCAGUGUUCCUUGCCCUGGGGAUAACAGCAAUAGUGUGUGUAAUCGUCACAAUCUUCUGUUUUCAGACCAAGGUGCCUUGGUUGCAUAUGCUGUAUUGCGGCAUAAUAGUCUUUACCAUGUUUUUGGCUUACCUCACUCAGCUGCUUAUUGGAAACCGCGCAAACACCAUAAGCCCUGAGGAAUAUGUCUUUGGAGCUCUUUCACUCUACAUGGAUAUUGUCCAGAUCUUUAUCUUCCUCCUGCACAUCACAAGGAGCUCUUCAGAGUAAAUACAUUUGUGAGCAUUUGAAAGAUUAUGCUUACCUUGUUGGUUAUGAAGAACAACUUGUCAUGCAUCUCGAAUAUAGUUGUCUAUGCUACUGUCUGUUAUUCAAAUGUUACUUUGUGCUGUGUUGCUUUACAUGUUGCUCCUACUUCUCAAAAUUGAUCGUUACACUUCAUUUAUAUUAAGUACUUUGUAUUAUUAAUUAAUAUUUUGAGGAGGCUACUGUGAAAGCCUGUGUGUGCAAGACAGUUACACUGUGAUUUGGUAAAAGUUGGCAGUCUGUAUAUUUUUAUCAAAAUUUAGCCUAUAACCUUAAGAGAAAUAAAAUGUAAAGUAUUAGCAAAUGUUUUAGAAAAUAUUAGCAAGCUGUCAAAUGUAUUAUAGUUGCAUCCCAAACCGCACACUUCUGCAUUAUUUUACGUCAUUUUGAAGUGCAAUUACACUGAAAAUGCAACAAAAAGAAGUGUACUAUGAAUACCCGGAUGAUAUACUGGCAAAUGUGCGAAGAAUGCU